AUGGAUCAAUUGGAGGCCACCAGGAUGGCCUCCACGCCCUCUCCCGCGCCUUCGGCCGGAACCACCCACAGCUCCGCGUCACGUAGACCGCCGCGCAAGAGCACACUAACCCAGCAGCAAAAGAACCAGAAGCGACAAAGAGCCACGCAGGAUCAACUGGUCACCCUCGAGAUGGAAUUCAGCAAGAACCCGACGCCUACAGCCGUCGUGCGGGAGAAGAUAGCCCAGGACAUCAACAUGACAGAGCGCUCCGUGCAGAUCUGGUUCCAGAAUAGGCGAGCGAAGAUAAAGAAUACCGUGAAGAAGAGCAUCGAAAGUGGCGAAGAUUGUAACGACAUCCCAGAGUCUAUGCGCCGCUACCUCGCUCUGCAGGCUAUGGAGUCUGGCAAAUCCCUGGGAAGGGACUUGCUUGGGCGAAGCGGAGGUGGGAUGACGCCUUACGGAAGCGGAUCGAUGCUAUUCAACGGUGAGACGAGCUCAGCGAAAGUUGUCAUUCAUCAUUUCGCAUGCCGAUCGCUAAGCGUCGGCUCGUGGCGACGAGUCGGCCAGAGCGCGAUGGAUCUCGUGAUCUUCUACUCACCGGAGAAGUGCUGCAUCACAUACUACAUCAACAAUGAUUCCGCUGGUUAUAAGAUUGAAUACCCGUUCUCCUACAUCAAGAACAUCACACUCGACAACGGGGAUGUGCUAAGCAACGCCGAGGGCGCAGCCCAGCGGCCGGGAGGUCUCAUCGUCGAGUUGAACCGACCCCCGAAUUUCUUCAUGGAUUCAUCUGGAUCCGGCGGCUUCUACCAAUGUGGCGACUUCACAGAAGACCAACAAGCUUCGCAGGUACUCGUGCACCACCUUGGCGGCCACCCGAAGGUCUUGAGCACGCAACUGGCGAAGCUGGUGACGCUCGAUUCGUUUCAGAACCGGCAUAGCGCUUUCGAUCCCAACACACUCGCCGUCUCAGCGCCCGUCUCGCCGAUCCAUAUUCCCCGUCCGGCAUCGCAACCCAACCACAUCACUCAUCCCCAGCAUUUCGGAAUGCCGCCGCCAGAGCAUCCCUUCAGCUUUGGUCUCCAACCGCGUGGACACAAACGGCAGAGAAGCCGAUCCGUGCCAGUCGCCAUCGACUUCUCCAUGUUCCGGCAACAACCCAUGCCGUCAUUCCUCAUCCAGCACCAGGAGCACUCUCCGUACAUCCCGAACCCCGACAUCUUCGCGCCGAUACCGCAAGCACCCCCUAUGAUGGCGCCGAUGGGCCCAACCCUCAGCAUCGACACAUCUGCCGGCUUCGGCAUGGACUUCCGGCAGCAUCCCAUGUCGGCCACCACCGCCAACUCGCCGCCCUCAGAAUACGGCACGCCAGCCUUCUACACCUCGGGUCCGGCGCCCGACAACAUGGCCGCCGCAAACUUCGGCACCCCCUUCAACAUGCCCUUCCUAUCGCCGCCCAUGAUCGACCCCUCGAGCGUAAUGCAUCCCUCCGUCUCCCCGCUCUCACACAUGUCCCACCACGGCGACCCAGUGAUAGCGGACCAGUCCCCGCCCAUGACGUCCAUCGGGCGCAGCGCGUCGGCGGACCUGUACCGCAUGUCGCAUGACCCGACCAUGGGUGAGGAUGCGCUGUCGCUGGGCGACUUCUACUCGAAGCAGUCGUUCAGUCUCCCGUUUCGGGAUCCGCCGGGUCCGGGCGAGGAGGUCCUGGAUGAGUUCGAUCUGAGCAACCUCGUCUCGUUUGGCCCCCUCGAUCCCUCGAGCUUGAGCCCGGAGACGGUGUACCAUUCGGGGGCGUCGACGUGA